UGAAGGGAAUCUCUUUGAGAUGGUAUUAUCUGUGGAUUUCUGCGUUGGAAAAGCCAUCAGAUUCACUGUCGCUGUAGCUGUAUCGCAUCAGCCCAAUUUGGCUGCUGUUAGUCCCCUGUUCCCACCACCUUUAAUUGUUACAAUAUGUUAUCUUCAACAAGGAAUAUCUAUAACAGAGUUGGCUGCUUGGAUCGUAUUCCACAAAAAUUCUUGUUUCUAAAUUCUCCAUCGAUAUGUAUUCUUCUCCUCCGAGAAGAUUCCAAACCAAAAGCAGCCCGCAGAGUCGACAAACAACUCAAUACAGAGAAUAAAUAAAGCAAAGACGAAACCAACAAGAAGAUGGAAGCCACCAUUAUAAAAGAUACACCAAGCUCAGAAGUUGAUCAGCGUCAGUGUUACAGUAAAUUAUUAACGUCAUCGAAGAUGGCAACGAAACGCACCGUUGGUGUGGCUGUGGACUUCUCUCCGACGAGCAAAUUAGCACUCCAAUGGGCUCUCUACAAUCUCAUCGACAAAGGAGAUCGCCUCAUCCUCAUCAACGUUCAGCCUCCCCACUCUGAUCACACCAGCAAGCAGCUCUUCCACGACACUGGUUCACCUUUGGUGCCUCUGGAGGAACUGAGAGAGAUGAACUUGGCCAAGCAAUAUGGGAUUCCAAGGGACGCUGAAGUGAUCAAUAUCCUUGACACUGCCUCCAAAACCAAAGGGGCAAAGAUAGAGGCAAAGGUGUAUUGGGGAGAUCCAAAGGAGAAGCUGUGCAAAGCUGUUGAUCAGCUUCUGCUUCAGUCUUUGGUCGUUGGCAGCAGAGGUUUUGGUCCCAUUAAAAGGGUGUUGCUGGGGAGUGUGAGCAAUCACGUGGUGAAGAAUGCAUCUUGCCCGGUUACAGUCGUCAAGGGAAGCCCAUCUCCCACUUGCAGGCGCUGAAGCUUAAUUAUUGAAUUCAAUAUAUAAUUUGUAUAUUCCCCUGCUGUUGGAUUUCCAUCUCUUAUAAGUACUUUUGUCUGUUAAAUUUAAAUAAGGUUUUCUUUUCCUUUUUUUUAAUGUAUAGUGUGUAAAUAUUUUGUGUGUGUGUGUAUAUAAUGACAAAAAAAAUUGUUUUUAUCUUU